ACUGCCCCAGUGACUCCAUCUGGCCACCUCAUCCUCUGCCAUCCCCUUCUCUUUUCGCCAUCAAUCAUUCCCAGCAUCAGGGUAUAUAUUCAUACACAGAUGCAAAUCUUUCUGCUCCUAUGAAGCUACAAAGAACAGUUGCCGUGGAGGUGAGACUCCACUGUGUCACCAGCGCCCUGGUGCUGGGAAAGCCCAGAAAUGGGGUUCUACCACUGAGCAGGCAGUGCUGAAAGGGAGUUCUGGACAAGACCUUAACCUUCAUAGCUGAAUUGUGCUUCAUAUGACACGCUGCUGAUAUUCCCGCUUGCUGGGCCUGCUCGUUUGUUCAAUUUUGAAUCCACCCAAUAACUAAUAUCCUCUGUGUGGAUUCCAUAUAGCUAAAAGAAUAAAAUAGAACAGAAAUGGUUAGAAGAACAAAAUACAGGACAGGGCACCAUGACAAGCAGCACGAGAUAUAUAGAAACAGCCAGAACAUCUAAAAAUCUGGUUUCCAAAAUGCCCGGGAGAAAAGAAAAGAAAAAGUCUUGGACUGGGGUAGCAAAGAACAGCACAGGUACCAGCUGAGUCUCUUUGGGGGAGGCAUUAUAUGUAUGGGGAGCCAUUUCCCCUUUAGGUUUUUAAUUGUUUUGGGGCUGCCCCUCAUGAAGCCUACUGGGGGGAUACUGGGGGCAAAAAUGGACCCCAGUUCUCUUGGAGCUGCCUACCCUGCCACAGAAACGCUGCUUUCCAGCAAGUGGGCACCAGGAAAACUGGGGGCGCGUUUCCAGAAACCAGUGAUGCAAUGGCGACUCUCUCUCCUUGUGCGCAAUUUACUGCAGCCUCCGAGUACCAGGGCACAGGCGACCGAAUCAUUGGAGGGUACACCUGCCCAGCCCGCUCCAGAGCCUUCCAGGCAGCCCUCGUGUCGGGAAGGAGAGGCAACUGGAGGAUUUACUGCGGAGGGAGCUUAGUGCAUCAAUGCUGGGUGCUCUCAGCCGCCCAUUGCAAACCCAGAGCAGGGUAAGUCAACGGAGGGAAGUAUAAAUGUUGGGACAAGCAACCACUUUGCUCUAAAGCCUGGCAUAGCAAUUUGACAAAAGUGAGCUGCAAUCAAAUCUUGUCGAGAUCAAAUAUUGCAACUUCUUAAUUUUGGCAUGCCCCCACCCCACCCCACCUGCCCCAUAGGAGCCAGCAACCUUUGGCUAGGCCCCAGGCAAAAUCAUUUCUGUUCUCCCAGUCACCCACACAUUGCCUAAUAGGAGGAAAUGCAUCACCCAGAAAGAGAGCAAAAGAGGACACAGAUUUGCAUGGAAAGGACAGGCAUGAAUGUCUGUGUGUAAACAUACGCUGAUAAAUUUUACUAUCAUUUCACAGAAACACAAGACAUUUUGCCUUAGUGAGGAAGAGUGUUUGUGGGCAACUGGUAUUCAGUCUGCGGUCCAGGUCUCAACACGUGUUUGAUGGAAAACUUCAAGGCAUCGUCUCUCCCAUCUUAAAAGUCCUUUUUAUUUAAAGCGAACUUGGACGAGGCAGCGAUGUGUCGACACGAAUGUGUCAUGUUGUUUUCACCACGUCUCCCUAAGGUUUUAUCCUGCUCCGGUCCAGAACACUGUGCUGCUGCAUUGCACCCCGUUGCCCCAAACCCUCAAAAUCCCUUUAUUUCAAACUCUGAAUUGUAUAAAAUUGCUCUCAAGGGGGCUGAUUUUUUUCUUACACAAUUGCCAAAUUUAAAAACACUCCUCAUGCAUGGGAUGCCAUUAAGGAUGCCCUGAUCUUUUUUAUUAUAAAACCAGGAUAUGCUUCAUGGGCUUGUAAAUAUGUCCUGAUAUUCCAUCUAUACAGCUUUGUCUGAGUUCAACUAGAGGUGUAAGAAAGCCAGUGUAGCAGCUUCACAGCACCAGUUAAAGCAGGGAAAACACAGUACACCUGAAUCUUUAAUCUUUAAUCUUAUCUAUCAUUUUAGCUAGGACUCUAGCUCUUUCCACCCAUGCAAAUUCCAGUAUUAGCACCAACAAUUUAUUAAUGAUUGAGGCAGGGACUUAAAGGGCAUAUGGAUUUCUGCAAGAUGCCAUAACUGGAUGACUUUAAGAAUUGAUGGAGUACAGUAUCUGGCAGGGUCAUGCUUCCAGGGGAAAUGACAGUAUUAUUGAUGCUAGCUUUUUCUUCUUUCUCCCUGUGGAAUUGGAUCCAUUCAGUUUUGUUCAGGCUACCCUUCCAACCCCAAAUAGACCCAAAAUCAAGCAGAUGCAACAAGAAAAAUCAUUUAAGUUGCUGGUUAUUGAAAAAAGGGAGAAAGCCAUGUGAGGAUAAGAGUAGAAAUGGAGUUUGUCACAACGAAUAAGUAUCUGCCCCUGAAGAAGGACAUUUCCAUUUCCAAAAUGGCUAGGACAUGUUUUUUCAAUAUUCUCAGAAAUAUUCUCACUUUGCUAGCUCACCCGCUUCCCACCUCUGCUGCGUGCCACCUCCUGGUUGUGCAACUGGUGCGAGAACUUGGCCAUAUCCUGAAGAGCUCCUUUGAGCGGGUUUCGGCAGACCUUGCAAGAGCGUGCUGCCCUCUCGCUGGGCCCGGGCAUGGUGCAGCGAGGGGGAGCAGGCGCCACACAACGAGGGGUGGGGGAAAGCUCCAGAGAGCCCUCACUGCAGGACAGCUGCUCCCAGGACCCCCGCAAAGGUCUGCCAGAGACCCCCAAUAUGUCUGCCAGUUUGUUUAACCCCCACGCUACAGUUUUGUGUGCAAUUUUCUUUGCAUAAUGCACUUCUGAACAAUAUUUUAACAAAGCCACAUUUUGUGCACAUUCCCCUAAGAAUCCAGGGCAGUUUGGGAGGCCGGUAUAAAUGUAAAAGUCCUGUUAUAAUAAUAUACACAUUUUGUAAGCAUUUUUACUUGAAAAGCUCCCUUAAAAAUUGUAGAAGAGUGAACUUCAAAGAAUAACUAGGCUUUGUUUGCACCCUUGUUCAAAACUAUGAAAUGAUGAACAUUUGCAUUAAAAUAAAUCUAGAAUGAAAUUCUCCCUAUUCCAGUUUUCCAUGCUUAUUCUAUUUUAUUUUUGCUCUGUGUCCAUGUAGGAUGAUGGUGUGCCUAGGGAAGCAAAACCUGAAGAAGAUUGAAAACACAGAGCAAUGCUCCCAUAUUGCUGAAGUUAAAACACAUCCGCAGUAUGAUAGAAGAACCAACGACAAGGAUUACAUGCUCCUCCGGAUUUCUCCAUGUGCCAGACUCUCAGAAGCUGGUGACUCUGGGGGCCCCCUCAUCUGUGAUGGGAAACUUGAAGGUGUGGUUUCUUGGGGGACGAGGGUGUGUGCCCAGAGGGGGAAUCCUGGAGUGUACUCCAAGGUCUGCUGCAUCGUGCCAUGGAUCAAGGAGACAACAGGACUGGAGUGGUGAUCACACCUGUGACACAGAAUUCAGCUGAGGAGAACAGAGGACGCUUCACCCCAAAGAUCUGGAGGAUCCAAGCCUGCCCCCUGGCCCAUGUGUUUGCCUCCCCUUAUUUCUAAGGUGCCCCUUCCCUCCGAGGGGCAUUUCUCAUUUCAUGAGGGCUUGCCAGGUCCUCCACAACACAGGCGCACAAUACUUUGCCACCUCAAGUAACAGUGGAUUUUGCUGCCCCUCUUCCCCAUACAAGGUUGUGCCCUUUUGCCAGGAGGACAAUACUGGAGUUCUGUAUAAAUGAAUGGAGUGAGAGAAAGAGGCUGUAAUGAUGGAAAUGAUUAGAACCAUACAGAUUCUUCCCUUCUUGGCCACCUUGUCAACGUUGGAGUGUUGGGCCCACUGGAACAGUGGAAGGGGCUCGAAGGAAACCGCAUCCUGGGAGAGGCAUGGGGGACCCUGUUCCCACUCCCAGCCCAAGACCGGCUUUGGGGAGACUCACAGCAGGUUGCUUCAAAUUGGCCUCCAGCCCCCUCUCUCUUUUCCUCACACCCCUCACCCUACCUCCACUUACGAAGAAGGGCAAGCUAGACUGUGCUUAUCAGAGCUAAGCACAAUCGUUUUAUUUACUUCCAUGUAAGCCUACAUGGCCCCAGUUCGGUGCUGUAAGAGCAAGGAGGUUUGACACCGCCUCCCCCCAGUCUAAAUUUAACCCA